UGGUGGUGGCGGAAAGGUGAGAAACCCGGUACCGAGAAGAUCUUUUAUGUCAGGUACCUGCUUCGAGUGGUAAAAAAACGACGACGCUGCCGGUGAGGAUAGUGAAUGGGCGGGGAGGUGUUGUAUUCCUGCGGUGUACCUAUAUACAGUGACCGUGCGGAGAGCAAAGAUUAGUCAUCAAGGUCUUUGUGCGCGCGGGUUGGCUAGUGGCUACGCACGUCGGCAAUACCGGUUUCUGCUCUCGUGAAGGUGGCCCAGUGUGUCUGCGUGCGUUCGUAUGCAUAUACAUUAUUAAAUUGUGUGAACGUGUUCGCGUAGUCCUAUAACAAUAUUAUCAUUGGUGUAUACACGACAGGUAGAAAUUCGCGUACACCUGCAGCUACCGAUAGACUGCAGAAGAAGAAGAAGAAGAAGAAGGUGCGCAUAAUACAUUAUACAGUUUAUGCGUCGUUCGUGUAGUUAUAUUACUUACACAAUAUAGUUCUCGGUCCGUCGCGUACAGGUAGUCGUCCGUCGCCGCGUGUCUUAACCCAGGAGAUCGUCACCGUCUCGUUUUCUAAAUAAUAUUAUAUAUGUUUGACUCCGCGAGUGUUUUGUGCUUGGCGCCCUCUUCGACUGCAAGUGUUUUGCUUCGGAAAUCCGUUGUGCGGCGCAGUACCAUAUAAUAAUAAUAUAAUAUACAUAGCAGUGCGAGUGACAUCGCGAUGGACACCGUCCGGGCCGGAAGUGCCCCGAAUUUAACCGCCUACAUCGAAAUGGACCGAUUCGGAGGGAUAUCGAAAGCCGGCGAAAAACUAACUCAAAGUAUGUUGUGCAUUCAAGAAGAACUCGGAAACCUAAAAGACAAGGAACCAGUCAAAGAUAAUGCUGUUGGGAUCAAUAAAUUGGAAUCUGAUGUCUUAAAACCCAGUGGUUGGUUUGAUGGAUUGUUAGGAUGCUUAAAACCAAUGUUAGGAAUCAUGGGAAAAGGAAACAGCCAUGAUCUUAAAUCUUAUCAAGAUAACUGGGACAUACCAUUUGAAUCGAUUAGUGAUUUGCAAUGGUUAGGUUCAGGAGCUCAAGGUGCUGUAUUCAGUGGGAAACUAAAAAAUGAAAUUGUAGCGGUGAAAAAGGUGCGCGAACAAAAAGAAACUGACAUUAGACACUUGAGAAAACUGAAUCAUCCCAACAUAGUACAAUUCAGGGGUGUAUGUACUCAAGCUCCUUGUUACUGCAUAGUGAUGGAAUAUUGUCCCUAUGGACCACUGUAUAAUUUGCUUAGAGAUGGUGAAGAAAUACCACCCAUACGAUUAGUAUCCUGGGCCAAACAAAUUGCAUCCGGCAUGCAUUAUCUACACGUGAACAAAAUAAUUCAUAGAGAUCUUAAAAGUCCCAAUGUCUUGAUUGGUCGUCAAGAAAUGGUAAAAAUCAGUGAUUUUGGAACAAGCCGAGAAUGGAAUGAGAUAAGCACUAAAAUGAGUUUUGCCGGAACUGUAGCCUGGAUGGCUCCUGAAAUCAUUAGAAAUGAACCCUGUUCAGAAAAAGUGGAUAUUUGGUCAUUUGGUGUGGUUUUAUGGGAACUGAUGACUUGUGAAACACCAUACAAAGAUGUAGACUCAUCAGCUAUUAUAUGGGGCGUGGGGAGUAAUUCUUUACACUUACCAAUACCUUCGUCAUGUCCUGAUGGUUUUAGAUUGUUAAUUAAACAAUGUUGGGCAGCUAAACCACGUAAUAGGCCAUCUUUUAAACACAUAAUGAUGCAUCUAGAUAUUGCCAGUUCUCAAGUGCUAGCGAGUACACCAGAUGAAUACUUUAAAACACAGGCACAAUGGAAGAAAGAAAUACAAAUACAUAUGUUACAAAUGCAGACUAAUGGAAGUCAUAUUCCCAAAUUUGAAGAAGAUCUUAUUAAAAAAAGAAAAAAUGAGUUAAAACACGCACAAGACAUUAGGGAACAUUAUGAAAGAAAAUUGGAACGUGCCAAUAAUCUUUACAUGGAAUUAAGUGCUGUGUUAUUACAAUUAGAACAACGAGAAAACGAUUUAAUUAGACGAGAAAAACAAAUGUCUAAAGUGUACAAAAAACGACUUAUAAGGCCUUUGUUAAAAGCUCAAGAUAAAUUGAACAAACAGAAUAAAUCUGAUUCAACUACCACAUCACCAUCAUCACCCGAAAGACUUUGUCAAAAAUUUGACUCUCAGUUAACCAAGUCUACACUUUAUGCUCAAGUCAGUAGCAAUUCAAAUAAACCAGAAUCAAUUGCUGUUACACCAAAACAAAAUCUACGAAAAACAAGGCCUAGGAAAGCUCAAAUCAUAUGCUCAAUUGUAAAAAAUAAGAAGUGUGAUACAUCAAAAGAAACUAACUGGAAGAACUGUCACCAAAUAAAUAGCAAUAAAGUCAAUAGUGAAACACAGACCGAAACUAUUGAUUCGGGACUUCAACAAGACAUGCUCAAUGGUAACAUGUCUGAUUCUGCUCAUUCACAGGGUGAAGAAAGUUCCUGUAGCAGUGGUGUGAGACUGAGUGACGAUGAACAUUUAGAUAGACUGGGCAGACAAGUAAAUGAAAUAAUUAACAAUAACAGACCUUCCAACUUGACCGAUUUAUCAGAUUACUAUCAGGAUAAUGAACCUAUUACUAGUAAUUUCAAUCUAAGGAGAAAAAGUGCUGGUCGGCGUCCAAUUGGACCUGGUUUACGUGUACGUCGAUAUAGGAUGACACAAUAUUGUCAAGAGCCAAAUGGAAAUUCUUUUUCAUUAAGUUCUUCAGCAGAAAAACAUGACUUCUUAGAGGCAGAAAGUUCUACAUCAGACUCUGACAUGAAAGACAUUGAUCUAGAUUCGAGUUUUUAUAAAGUAUCUAAUCAGUUUCCAGUUUAAUACCGUGUAUAAA